UAGUCGCCUAGCAACUUCUCAAACUUUCUCUCUAGCUAGCCAACAGACAAUGCAAGCGCAGGCUAAACAAAGUAACUUAGCUAUUCCCUUUCAGUCUGUUUAGCUAAGUAGUUAGUGCUGGAUGACAGCCAACUACAAAUAAGACUAGUUGGCUUGUUGGCUUAUUAAACACAACGUUCUGCACAAUGUCAAAGGCGCCACCGAAGAAAAAGGAGUUGUCUUCCAGCCGGGUUACUUCAUCCCAAGGACAGACACCAAAUAAAGAAGUCUUGUCCAUGGGGGUCAGUUUAUCGGAGGGUCCGGUUGAGCAGAAGAGGUUCCGUUUCCCGGUGUGGCCUGAGUGGAACGAGACGGAGGUCAACGCGGAGAAGUGGGACGCAGCCAAGGGUGGCAAGGACGUGAAGACAGGGAAGAGCCCCUGUGGCCCCUUCUUUGAGGAUCCUGAAGGAAAGGUUGAAAUGCCUUCGUCCCUGAAUGUCCACUCCUGGAAACGCCCAUCUGAGUACAUUCUCACCAAGACUCCUGUGGUGGUGGAGAACGAAGCUACCUUUGAUCUGACAUCAGCCAAUGAGCAUCUGAUCUGCAGCGAGAUGAUCCGGUGUAUCAUCAGCGAGAUCUACAUGGUGUGGAGGAUCUGUAAGGGUUCUCCGGGGGAGUGUGUGGAUGGGCCAGGGGGCGGCUGGAGACCCUGGGAGCACAUCUACUCGCUGUGCAAGGUGCUGAAGGGACACGUGCCUCUUUACAACAUCUACGGGAAGUACGUGGUCAAACUCUACUGGAUGGGGUGCUGGAGGAAGGUCAUCGUGGACGAUGUCUUACCGUUUGACCAGGACAACAACCUGCUGCUUCCUGCCACCACCAACCAAUCAGAGCUGUGGCCCAUGCUGCUGACCAAGGCCCUUAUUAAACUGGCCAACACAGAUGUGGUGUCAGAGCAGAGGAAGGAGCUGGGAGAGUUCACGGUCAUCCAUGCACUGACUGGCUGGAUCCCUGAAGUCAUCCCUCUACAGUGCAGGCUUUUGGGGCAAGUGUGGGAGUUCCUGAAGAAGACCAUUCCCACGUUCCAGUACGCCGACGGCAGUCCUGAGGAGAAGCCUCCGCCGGUGGAGUCCACGGCCGAGAGGGAGGCCCACCUCAACGACAGCAAGAGCGAGUCUCCCCCGACAGCCCGGACCCCGGAGAAAAGCAAAGACUCAGCCAAGAAGAAAGGGAAGGAGGACAAAGACAGGAAGUCAGCCAACAUCAGCGGCCCCUCCGCCCAGGCCCAGCCCCAGCCCACCAAUCAGCCCACAGCAGAGGGCUGUGCUCCCCCUCCUGCUCCAGAGAUAGUGGUGUGUGCCAGCUACAAGCCUCUACACCUGCUAGAGAAGGAGACCUCAGCUCUGGCACAGAUGGCAGACUCCUCGGAGACUCUCCGCCAGUACGGCCUGCUGCAUCUCUACAGCCACCCGGUGCUGGUGAGCCGGACUCGCUCCUGCCCCCUGGUGGCCCCGCCCAAAUCUCCGCCCGUGCCCCGCUGGAAGCUCAUCCGGCCGCGCAAAGAGAGCCUGGUGACAGACGAGCCCCGGGAGCCCGCCGUGGUGAAACCAGAGCAGCACAUCGAGGUCUUCAGCCCCUUCCUCCACUACAGUGUCCUGCCCACUGCUCCUGACAAGGAGACCCAGAAGAGCGCUCAAAGGAGGGGCGUGUGCAGCUCCACCCUGGAGUCCUUUGACGAGAUGGAGGAGAGUGAGAGCAGAGCGGGGCCCGAGGCGGCUUCAGCGGAACACAGCUCCAACCCUCUGGACCCCUGCGACACCCCAGAGGUUACUGUGGAGGACAAGAGGAAGGACGACAACACCACCAAUGACCAGGAGGUUGUAGAGGCUACUCCGGCCCCCGCCCCGGCCCCUGCCCUGGCCUCAGCCUCAGCCCCGGCCCCAGAGAAGCCCAAAGCAGGGGCCAAGGUAGCCAGCCCAGUGCUGCUCCAGUCCCAGGAGGGCCUGCAGUGUGACAGAGCCAUGCUGCAGGAGACCUGGGUGGACCUGAAUGACUUUGCCAAGUGCUUCCAGACUCUCCUCGUGUUCCACAAGACAAACACAUAUCCAAACCAUUCCCAGGCAUCACACUUCAAGAGCACCAUCUCGUCCAAGGCGUCGGCCUCAGUGAUCACGAGCCCAGCAGCCUCCACCAACUCUACUGGACGCCACCCAGGCUCCUCUACUGCUGCCCUCGCUCAGGUUCCCGAGGAGAAGGGUUCUUACUACCUGUUUGUGGACAGCCUGCAGCCCUCCCAGAUCCUCAUCAGCUUCUCUGCUCUGCUGCACUGGGGAGACACCGCCGAGGAGAGGAGGGAGAGCCCAGCGUGCAGAGCAGGGGUGCUGCUGGCAGAGCCCUACUCCUGGAAGACUCUGCAGUUUCAGCUGCCUGUCCUCCACAUCCAGACCACUGCCUGCAGGGCUGCCCUCCUGCUACUGCCCCCAGGCCGUCAUGUCCUGUGCCUCCACACGAGGGCGGCGCUGGGCUACCAGGUCCACCUCUUCAGCAUGGCACCCUUCGUGUUCGGGGACGAGGACACCGUCAUGCCCCACCUGCAGGAGGAGAGCUUGCGUUUCUGUGAGCAGGCCAUGAGGAUGUACCAGGCCCUGGCCAGGGUGGUCUCCUCCUUCACUGAUGAGCAGGAGUUCCCAGCAGCCUCCAGGGCCCUGGCGCGUGCCAUCUCCCCCUCUGACCUGAGCCCCAGCACACCUGGGGGGCUCCGGGACCGCCAGAGGGUGUUUAAUGAGGCGGUGUGUGUCAUGAUGUGCCAGGCUGCCGACAGGAGGCUGACGGCCACAGAGCUGUUCGCUGUCCAGGCCCUCACCCGAGACCCCUCCCUCAGCAGCGCCGGGGCCAGGGGCCCCUCCCCCACCCAUACCCACCUUUCCCAGCCUUCAGAGAGCUUGGAGUCCCAGCAGCCCACAGAGCAGGAGGUCCGUGCAGCCACAGUCCUCCAGGCCGGCUUCAAGGGCCUCUUGGUCCGUGAGGUCCUCCGAGCCGCCAAGCCAGGCACAAAGGAGAAUCUCAGUGCCUCCAAGACACUGCUAGAGAUGUGGGCCACUGUGGAAUCAGAUGCAGAGAAACAUUGUGUGUCCUUACUAAGGUACAUGUUCAGUCACUCUGAGAGGACAGCCAAGUUGUACCCCUGUUAUGAGGAUGAGUGGUCCAGGAUCACCUUCACAGACUACUCUGUCCCCCUGCCUGAGGGGGCUGGCUCCUGGGUACUGCUCUUCAGGGAGGUGUUCCUGGUGCCCAAAGACAUGUUGCUGGUGGCCAAGUUCUACUCCCCUAUCUCCCCCUGUCUGCUCCACGUCAUCGACAACGACUGUGGGGAGGAGCUGCCCAGAGUCUUCAACAGAGUCCAGCCCCACAUCUACACACACAACCAGCAUGGUUACACCUUCCUAGCAGAGGCCUACACUCCUGACACGCCCCCUGUCGGGGGGAAGUGGAGGAUGCGUCUGAUUGGCUCCCAGGAUCCACUUCCAGAACUGGCACGCGAGGCUCCGAUCAACAACUUUAUCGUGAAGGAAUUCCGAGACUACUAUAUUCCCAACGACAAAAACAUGAUAUGCAGGUACUUUGUGAAGGUGUCAUCGGACCUGGUGGGCACGGUCCAGUUCCAGACCUCCAAGGCCCACGUCCACGUCCGUCUGUCCAUCCUGGACCAGGAGGUGGUGGUGGCCAGCAACACCGGCAAGGGUCAUGUCAUCAUCCCGGUGUUCUGCUUCCUGUCCAAUCAGGUGACAGCCCCCUGCUGCGGACCCCCUCUCCCAGAUGGGAGACAGACACCCGAGGGCCCCGGCCGGGGGCCCAGAGUGGCAGGAGGAGAAGGGGGGCAGGAGGGCUUGGCCGGGGAGGCCGGGCCCCUGACCAGCCGGACCCAGAACCAGGCCCCUACAGACACCACGGUGCAUCAGUACAGGGUGCAGGCUGAGGUGCUCCACAGGAGCUGGGUCCUGGACGACGCUCAGAUGGCCUUCGUCCACACACUCAGGGACCUGGAGAGGAACGAGAUGAGAGUGGGCGGGGAGAAGGCGGAAGACCCGGCCACUCCCGUCGGGGCCGACGCCCAGAGCAGCGAGGGCCAGAAGUCAGCCACGCCCAAGUCCAGCCGCAAGGGGAAGGGGGAAAAGGACAAGUCGGGGGCCGCUGUCAAACCUGGCUCCCGAAUGGAGACGAGCCUGGACCACAGCAAGCCUAACUGGACGCUGCGCGUGGUGUGUGAGCAGAGCGACGCCGAGUGUGUGGAGGUGAGGAAGGACACAGACAGACUGGAGGAGAUCAGAGCCAUGAAGCAGGCCUGGGAGACAGCUGACCCAGGCCGCGCCCUCAAGGCACUCCAGUCUCGUCAGAAGUUCAUCAACAAGCACCCGCACACAAGCCGUGGGGACACCGCUAUGGACGACCCAGACAGCGGAGAGCCUGGUCUUCCUUCCCAGUCACCUGACGGACUCCUCAGUCCAUCCAAUCAGGAGCUGUCCCUCCAUGCCAACCCUGAUCCCUUACAGCUCCAUGUUCCCAUGGACUGCACCCCUUUUAUCAGGAGACAGAGGGAGCAGCCUGUCCUGAAGGACUCCUCUCUGGAGGAGGCCCAGCGCAGGGAGAGGUCAGAGGUCAUCCAAGGCUUCCGGCUGCUCCGGGAGACGGUGCUGGAGCACCGCAGACAGGAGGCGGCGGAGAGGAGGGAGCUGAAGAGAGGCCAGCUGGAGACGUACGACGGCCUGCAGGUGGAGUUGGCACGGCAGCGUCAGCAGGUGCUGCAGACCCGGGAGGCUCUGCGCUGCCGCCUGCUGGAGGCCAAGCGCCUCAGCAGGCAGGAGGAGGAGGCAGCCCUGGAGGUGGCCAGGCAGGCGGAGCUGGAGAGGACCGCUGCCCAGCCCCCCGCCGCCAAGCAAGUCAAGAGCGCCGGCAAGAAGAAGUGAUCCCAUUCGCUGCUCCUGGCAUGAAACCCCCCCCCUUUUCCGGCUACGACCGCUGUUCUCUUCAGUUCUCCGAAACGGAUCAACCUGGAAGAUCCACCCCAGCAACAGCCUCCUGUUUAUGGCUCCCAUAAUGCUUUCAUGAAAUAAAUCAAUUGUAGGAA